GGCAAUGACGCAAGGGCGGUCGGGGGUGCGAGCAGGACGAGGAAGGUAGUAAGAGCGGAGGAAGACAGCAUUGUAUCAACUGCACACUCCUCUCCCCCUCAUCGACUAGUGAGAGCACCUAACGACAGGCUUCCCCAUCCUCCUGGACUGAACGCCAACCUGCAGUCACAUAGCGAGAGGGGCAGGGGUUGUUGGUUAGGGUUCUCACGAAAAAGCAACGAUGGGGGUGAAGAUCUCAUGGAGGAGGAGAGCCAUCCUGCUGCUCAUUGCUGCCGUGCUUGUUCGGCCUUCUCUCGGGCACGAGAAGGGAGUCAACGUGUGCUCGCCAGACGAGGACAGGCCCACCAAGAGGUCCGCAUGCACCCAGGACAGCUCUUGCAAGCACGAGACCCAGUGCGGCUGUAUACCCAAGGGAUGCAACUGCGGUGACUUCCAUUGCAUCUUGAACUUGCACCCGCACUCCCACGGCGACGGCCAGCAUGCAGAAAUCAGCUCUAGCAAGCUCCAAGGAGGGAGCAACCACAUCCACAAGGAUGGGACGACACACUCGCACAGUGGUGGCAGCAAGCCCCACCAUCACAUGUCAGACGGCACCGUGGUCUACGAGCCGGAUACCAACGACCCCCACAACGAACCUGUUGAUGCAGACAAGGCAAGGUCGAGGUCGAUGAGGGUGGGGACGAUGGGGAGUGCUGGGAACGCAACCAAUCCAACUGACAGCAAGACGCACAAGCAGAAGACAUGGGGGCUGCUGAUGUUUCUAGUCGCGGGGGCUGUCGGGUGUAUGGUGAUGUCAGGAGUUUACAUGAUAGUGGCGCCCUUCUUUACUCGUUGCUUCCGACGGAGAGUGCUGGGCAAGAGUAUGUUGUCAAAGGACAUGUUCGAUGACAAAGAGCUUCUCUCGGGCGGAGGGAAGAAGGACAAGGACGGCAACAAAGACAGUAAGUUCAGAGAGUACGUCUGGCCGGAUGGCGGGAAAUAUGAGGGCGAGUGGAAAGACGGGAAGAUGCAUGGCAAGGGCAAGUUCAUAGAGGUGAACGGGACUUGGUAUGAAGGGGAGUGGUAUGAAGGGAAGAUGCAAGGCAACGGAACGCAGGUGUUUGAGAAGGGCGACCGGUACACGGGCAUGUACUAUAAUGGACUGAGGCAUGGCAAGGGAGUGCAGUCGUUUGCCAACGGGAACAAGUACGAGGGAGACUUCUGGCAAGGGCAGAUCCACGGCCAAGGGAUCUACACUUGUGCUGAUGGAAGGAGAUACGCAGGAGAGUUCAAGAACAACCAGAAGCACGGCAUCGGGAAGUACUCGGGAGCUAAUGGCUCCUACACCGGCGAAUAUCUCAAUGGCAAGAAACACGGGAAAGGAAUCUUCACGUGGACGGACGGCACUGCAUAUGAAGGAGACUGGGAAGAAGAUGUCAUGCAUGGAGUCGGGUAUGUGACGGGAGGAGGCCACUGA